GUUUUGUCCAGGAAGACAUGAAGAAGGUGAUUAAUUGUAAAGAAAACACAUGAGACCCUAGAGAAAUGAAUUGUUCUGUUUCAUUUCUUGAUAAGCAGCCGCCCACUAAACCAUUUAAUCUAGCGUUCACAAAUCUGAAUUCAUUCCGAGUUUCUCCGCUUAGACUUGACUGAAGAUGGGUCUAGUUACAAUUCUCGCUGGUGCAGGAGCAGUCGCAGUAGGCCUAUUUGCAGCUGCUCCUGCAGCAGUAUCAGCUAUGGGUUUCACAGCAGGUGGAAUAUCUGCAGGUUCGUUUGCCUCCUGGAUGAUGUCAGUAACUGCCAAGGCAAAUGGAGGAGGAGUCGCGGCUGGGUCGCUGGUGUCAUUGCUUCAAGCAAUUGGUGCUGCUGGAUUGUCUGCCGCAGCUAAAAUUGUUUUUGGCGCCAAAGGGGCUCUGUAGUGCAGGUGCUGCAGGUGAAAAGCCGGCCUGAGAGACGGUUCAUCUGUGCCUGACAAACCCUUCACUACAUGAUAUUAACUUUUAGCUAAUUUACGGCCAUAAAAGUAGACACUACUAACUACUUUUAAAUGUGAUAUUCUUAAAUUCCUGUAGCUACUUUAUUGUUUGCUGUUGUUAUCAAUUGUAUGGUAUAACAAAACAAUAUAUUAUCCAAAGUAAGAUCAGAUUAAAUCUUGUUAAAAUCUUAAUUAAAAGGUUUAAAUAAAUUGCAUUAUAAAUCAUCAACGGUCUCUGUGUUGUAUUUUCUUAAAUAAUAAUAACAAAAAUAAUAAACAGUUCUAGAAACAACAAGGUUGUGUUAUGAUUCUCAGAGAAUGUUGAAAGUCAUAAAUUGUUAUAUUGUGAAUGGAAUGUUAAGUCCUUUUGGAUGAACAAUGCCGCUACUACAUCAAAAGUGCUCAUAUAGCCUGGUUUACGAGCCCAUGCAGUAGUAAAGUAAUUGAAUGUUGUAAAUAUUUGUAAUUCAAAAUAUGUUAAACAAUAAAAUGCAAACAAUUUUGCAAAAUACACUAACUCACCUUCUUCCCUGCUUUAUCAGGGGUCGCCACAGUGGAAUGAACCGCCAAUUACUCAGGCAUAUGUUUUACAGAGCAGCUGCCCUUUCAUGCUAUCCCAGUGUUGAAAAAAAAAACAUACAUUUUCCAAUUCACACAUUACAGCCAAUUAAAUUAUCCAAUUAUUAUAUCAAACGUCUUUGGACUGUAGAGGAAACUGGAGCACCUGCAAGAUCUGGUGCAGCUGGUAUUUGAACCAGAGAUAGCUCUAUUAAGUGAGUCCUACAUCGUGUUGAAAAAAAUCUAUGAUUUAGAAUUAAAGUCCUGUUAUAAUUUGUCAUUAGUUGCUGCAGCAAAAGCAAAUUAAUUUUGUUGUUUGUUUAAAAGCAAUCAGUAGUUAUAGCAAUACAAUAUAUUUUCUUAAGAGUAAAAGAUCUUUCUCUUGUUAUGAGUUUGCUUUAAAAUGAUUAAAAUAAAUUGCAAUAUAAAUCCACAA